GGCACACUUCCUUGGACCCGCCGGGAUGUCGACCUUGGCCGCUCUUGCCGCAGCGCAGCCGCUGCCGCCGGGCACGACGCGGCUGUACCUUUGCCGCCACGGCGAGACGAACUACAACCUCGAAGGCCGCUUCCAGGGCCGCGGCAUCGACAGCGACCUCAACGCCUUAGGCGUGGCCCAAGCGCGGGCGCUCGGUGAAGCCUUUCGCGCCAUCCCGCUGCAAGGCGUCUUCUCUAGCACGCUCUCGCGCGCCAAGGCGACCGCCGCAAUGAUCAGCCAGCACCAUACAGGCGUCGUCACGAGCACGAUCGACGGUGUUGAAGAGAUGGGCUACGGUGAGAACGAAGGCAAGAAGCUCGCCGAGAGCAAGCACUUGCUCCGUGCCGUCAUUGACCAGUGGAAUGCCGGCGACAUGGGCGCCGCGUGGCCGGGCGGUGAGUCGGCCAUCGACGUCGAGCGGCGAGGUACGGCCGCGCUGCGCGAGCUCGCGCGCCGAUCUCUCGACCAUGUGGCGAUCGUGUGCCACGGCCGCUUCAACCGCGUCGUGCUCGCAUCGCUUUUGCACGGCGACUUGCGCCAGAUGGAGGCCAUCGAGCAGGACAACACGUGCGUCAACGUCCUCGACUUUGACCGAGCGACCGGCACUUUUACCGCGCACCUCGUCAAUUGCACCGACCACUGGCGCUUUCUCGAGCCGCCGCAGUGAUAAAAUCGCUCUAAUCACUGAGAUUACAUACUGGA